CCGCGCCGCAGCGCCCCUGGACCGAUGGCGGCUCCGCGCUGGGACCCUCUCCGAAACGACUCACUGCCGCCCACGCUGACCCCAGCCGUGCCCCCUUACGUGAAGCUCGGCCUCACCAGCGUCUACACCGCCUUCUACUCGCUGCUCUUCGUGUUCAUCUACUUGCAGCUGUGGCUGGUGCUGCGCUACGGCCACAAGAGGCUCAGCUACCAGAGCGUCUUCCUCUUUCUCUGCCUCUUUUGGGCCUCCCUGCGGACGGUCCUCUUUUCCUUUUACUUCAGGGACUUCGUGGCGGCCAAUGCACUCAGUCCCUUCGUUUUCUGGCUGCUCUACUGCUUCCCCGUGUGUCUCCAGUUCUUCACUCUCACACUCAUGAACUUGUAUUUCACGCAGGUGAUUUUCAAAGCCAAGUCAAAAUAUUCUCCAGAAUUACUCAAAUACCGGUUGCCCCUCUACCUGGCCUCACUCCUCAUCAGCCUCGUGUUCCUGUUGGUGAACCUCACCUGCGCCGUGCUGGUGAAGACGGGCCGCUGGGAGAGGAAGGCCAUCGUCUCCGUGCGCGUGGCCAUCAAUGACACCCUCUUCGUGCUGUGUGCCGUCUCGCUCUCCGUCUGCCUGUACAAAAUCUCUAAGAUGUCCUUGGCCAACAUUUACUUGGAGUCCAAGGGCUCCUCCGUGUGUCAGGUGACCGCUGUCGGUGUGACCGUCAUCUUGCUGUACACCUCCCGGGCCUGCUACAACCUGUUCACCUUGUCCUUUUCUCAGAGCACGAAUGUCCACUCCUUUGAUUACGACUGGUACAAUGUGUCAGACCAGGCGGAUCUGAAGAACCAGCUGGGAGACGCCGGCUACAUCGUGUUCGGAGUCGUCCUUUUCGUGUGGGAGCUCCUGCCCACCACCUUAGUCGUCUACUUCUUCCGAGUUAGGAAUCCUGCAAGGGACCUUACCAGUCCUGGGAUGGUCCCUAGCCAUGGGUUCAGCCCCAGAUCCUACUUCUUUGACAACCCCCGAAGAUAUGACAGCGAUGAUGACCUUGCCUGGAACAUUGCCCCUCAGGGACUUCAGGGAAGUUUUGCUCCAGACUACUAUGAUUGGGGACAACAAGCUAACAACUUCCUGGUACCAGCAGGAACUCUACCACCAGACUCCAGUUUGGAUCCUGACAAACCCAGCCAUGGGCAGCACCAGUGAACGGCUUCUGGAAGGCUCCUCACGUGGAAAGCUUCAGGAAGACUAACUUAACGACAACUGACUCUUUAGGGCACUUUUCCUUAAGAAAUAGGACUUUUAUUUGUUACAGGUUUCUAAUGGCUCCAUAGGACUAAGCAGUAAUUUAGAAUCUAAAUUUUAGAUUGACAAAACCUUAGUUUAGUACUAAAAAGGGAGCCUGGCUGCCUAUUUCAGUGGGUAUAAUUUAAACUUUAAAAACUCCAUACUUUUAUAAAAAUGUAUUUUAUAUAACUUAAAUAGUAAUGCUAAAAUAUACUAGGAUUUUUUGAGAAUGUUAUUGCAAUAUGUUAUAGUUUGCACAGACUUUUAUGCAUAACUCACUUUAAAAGUAAACAGUAUAUGGUCUGAGGGCUUGCUACGGCUUUUGGACUAAAGCAUUCCUGGAACCCUUACCUCUUCAGUCGCUCAGAUCCGGAGCUCCGCGCCGGUGGCCUCUUCACACGGCUCCGGUGGUGAGAGUGACACUAGCAGAAUGUCAACAGGCUACACAUGGGCUCACUGGCUCCUCAGAGUUCGUUAAAACCCAGAUAGCCGGUCCCUCCAAGAAUCCCAAUUUUGCCAAAAGUUUGGUACUCUUUUCAGGAGGCCGCUAAUGUACACACUCAAUGACGAUGUUAAAGGUGUGGAUGGUGUUGACUUACACUCUUAAACCUCCUCCGCUCCCUUCAGAGAGUUUGCGUAGGCUUUCAGCUCAGUGAAGUGCAGUUACCUCGGGACCGCGGCGGGAACGCACCGCCCUGGCUCCGAACAUGGAAAGGCUCUCCAAGGGGAUCAGUAAGGGAGACCCCGGGCCCUUGAGCCACAAGGCUAUGUGGAAUCCUGACAGCGUUCUCUUAAUUUCCAACCGCAUUGAAAACAGUGCCCUGUGUCUUUCAGUAGCUUUGAACGUAGCGCGGGAAGCGGUGCCUCACGUGGCAGGAGCCGACGCCCAGCCUCUCAGUUGCGUGAGGGGGCGCUCGCGGCAACUGCUGCUGCGCUGUCUUUGGAGUGGAAUGAGGCCGGAAAUACUGGUCCUCCAGCCACGAGUGCCACUCCAACACCUCAUCUCUCUGUAUAUCCUGCAGUUGUCAGGGUGCCCGUGAUAGGGGACUGUGGCUCUUUGGGGAGACUGAAGAGAAAUGAGGUGCUAGAGGAAGCACGGCGAGCAGAGAACAGACUCCGCCCGGAGUCGCGCUGCUCGGGGAGGUGGACGGAACUCGGUAUCCUCCGUCAGUCCUGCCUCUGCGACGUUUGGCCUUCAGGAAUGAGUUAUCUCUGGGCACUGAUUUCACAGAGAGCAAGUCCACUUCUCUUUUCUCAAAAGGGUUACAAACUGGGAUCUCAAGUUUAAAACAGGUCAUGACUGGGUUUUCAUUUGCACGGAACACCUUUUCUCUGCGUAACCCCUCUUCCUUGCCUUUCAGUAUAUGGGAAAACUGGAGUCACACAUCAUUUAAAAUAGUUACUCCAGGGGAAGUUCUACACUGAAGCAAAAUUUGCACUGAUUAUUCAGGUUGCCCUAAGGUAGAAGUUGCUAAUCUAAAUAGCUCUAAGAACACCCUUACUUGUCACGGGUCUGUUACUGAUCCUUAGGGGAAUUUACAGGCAGAGUCGGCAUAUGCUCAGAACUCCUUUAAACCAGGCUUUCAGGAAGUACUGCCGUUGUUCACGUUGGCUCAUUCAAAGGUAGAGAUUUUUUUAAAGAAUACAGUGAUAAAAAUAUCGCUAAAACGAUGUAAUUAAUGUAUUCAUCCUAUGAUAAAUACUUGGUUAUUACUGGCAAGAAAAUCGAAAUACUCAGCAUUUACUGGUAAAAGCCAUAAUCUCUUUUUGUGAUAAAUCUACUAGUAUUUAUUUGAACUGUUCUUUUUUAUUGGAAAGGAUACAAAUGUUCUAAGUGCCUAUUUUUCUCUUCUCCCCUUUUUAAAAAAGUAACGCUAAAGCACAUCUAGAACAUGAAACACAUCUAGAAUAUUAAGAACUACGUAUCAAACUAUUUUUCUCUUGUAGCAUGUUGUCAGUCAUAUAUAUCCUGUGAAAUGUGGCAGAUUUGGAUGAAAGAGAAAAUUAAAAAUUUCUUCAGCUUCCUAAUUUGCUUGUGCUGCUAAGCACACUAACAAAGCGAUUCCUUACGUGGAAUAGUAAAGGCAAGGGAUGGCGAUUACUGGUCCUAAAGUCCCCAGAUGUCCUCUUGUUUAAGCACACAUGAGGAAAUUAAAGUUAAGAAUGUGUGGGGAAGAGUCAGCAUCCCUGUACAUUUUGUACUGUCACUUAUCCCAGCCUGAUUCCACACUAAACAGCUGCCUCUCAAGGUUUCUGUGCAGCUAUUGGAAUUCUGAGGAACAGCCAAUUGCAGGGUGGACUCCUGAGAAUUCUGACUGAUUUGUAUACAUAUCUUUCAUCACCUCUUUC